GACAAGCGUGUGUCUCCGUUACAUUAGAGUUUCAGCUGUUAGUUUUGUCAACAUAGUUUCGGGUUUUCUUUCCCAUCCUUGCUACGGAUAUAUCCAGCUAUGGAUAUGGACAGUGCCAGUUCAGUGGUGCUGCAGGCCUUAACCCAAGCAACCAGUCAGGAUACAUCUGUGUUGAAGCCUGCCGAGGAGCAGCUUCGCCAAUGGGAGACCCAGCCAGGCUUCUACUCAGUCCUUCUGAAUAUCUUCAGUAACCACAUGCUGGAUGUAAAUGUCAGGUGGCUGGCUGUGCUGUACUUCAAAAAUGGCAUCGACAGAUACUGGAGGAGAGUGGCACCUCAUGCUUUGUCAGAAGAGGAGAAGACUUCUUUGCGAGCUGGUCUCAUUGCAAACUUCAAUGAGCCUGUCAACCAGAUAGCAACCCAGAUUGCAGUACUGAUAGCAAAGGUUGCCCGCCUGGACUGCCCCAGGCAAUGGCCAGAGCUCAUCCCUACUCUGCUUGAAUCUGUGAAGGGUCAGGAUGGCCUGCAGCAGCACAGGGUGCUGCUAACUUUCUACCACGUCACCAAAACCCUGGCAUCGAAACGCCUGGCGCAGGAUAGACGGCUUUUCCAAGAUUUGGCGUUUGGCAUCUACAGCUUUGCCUGCUCCUUGUGGAACCACCAUACUGACUGCUUUCUCCAGCAGAUCUAUGACAGAGCUGAGGCUGCUGCACUCAGCUCACUAGAAAGGACACUGCUCUCUCUUAAAGUGCUUCGUAAAUUGACAGUCCAUGGAUUCCCACAGCCCCAAGAGAAUAUAGAUGUGAUGGGUUUCUUGAAUGCAGUGUUUGAAAGGCUAAAACAGUUCUUGGAAUGCAGUCGACAGAUUGGUCAAGAGAGUAUAUGCAGAGAAAAACUGGAGAAGACGAUCAUACUCUUCACGAAAGUGCUGUUAGACUUCCUAGAGUACCAUCCGUGUGCAUUUAUUCCUCUCAUCCAGCGAUCCCUCGAAUUUGCUGUCAGCUACGUGUUCACACCUGUUGGGGAAGGAGUGACCUUUGAACGCUUCAUUGUCCAGUGCAUGAAUCUUAUCAAGAUGAUUGUAAAGAAUGAUGCAUACAAACCUGCCAAAAACAUAGAUGACAGUAAACCCGAAAGUCUAGAGGCACACAAGAUCAAGACAGCAUUCUUUUCACAUCCCACGCUGACAGAGAUUGGGCGCCGUCUUGUCUCUCACUAUUUCCUACUCACAGAUGAAGAAUUGGAAAUGUGGGAAGAGGAUCCAGAGAGCUUUGCUGUUGAAGAAACAGGUGGUGACUCCUGGAAAUACAGUCUCCGGCCUUGUACAGAAGUAUUAUUCCUGGACAUCUUCCACAAUUAUAGCCAGACCCUGACACCUGUGCUACUGGAUAUGGUUCAGAAUCUUCAAGGCCCAACCAAUGUAGAAGCCCCUGUUCAGUUACUCAUGAAGGAUGCAGUAUAUAAUGCAGUGGGAUUGGCAGCCUAUGAGCUAUUUGACAAUGUCGACUUUGACCAGUGGUUCAAGAAUCAACUUCUGGGGGAACUCCAGGUCACCCAUCACAGGUACAAGUUGAUUCGCCGAAGAGUUAUCUGGCUAAUAGGACAGUGGAUCUCUGUCAAAUUCAAAUCUGACCUUCGGCCUUUACUCUAUGAGAUUAUCCUCAGCCUCAUGCAGGAUCCUGAUUUGGUGGUUCGAAUUGAGACUGCUACAACCCUGAAGCUCACUGUCGACGACUUUGAGUUUCGGACAGAACAGUUUCUUCCCUACCUCGAGUCCAUCUUUGGACUGCUCUUUCGGUUGUUGCAGCAGGUGACAGAGUGCGACACAAAAAUGCAGGUGCUUCACGUCAUUUCCUGUGUCAUUGAAAGAGUAAACAUCCAGAUCCGCCCAUAUGUCGGCUGUCUGGUUCAAUACUUGCCCCUGCUGUGGAAGCAAUCCGAAGAACACAACAUGCUACGAUGUGCCAUACUCACCACACUCAUCCACCUAGUCCAGGGCCUGGGAGCAGAAAGUAAAAACCUGUACCCCUUCCUUCUUCCUGUCAUUCAGCUCAGCACUGAUGUUUCCCAGCCGCCACAUGUAUAUUUGCUGGAGGACGGACUAGAACUUUGGUUGGUGACUUUGGAGAACAGCCCAGCCAUCACCCCAGAGCUGCUCCGAAUAUUCCAGAACAUGUCAGCUUUGCUGGAGUUGAGCUCAGAGAACCUGCGCACCUGCUUUCAGAUAGUUAAUGCCUACCUGUACCUGUCUGCCACAGAGUUCCUGCAGAACUAUGCCCAGUCAUUAUGUCCAUCCUUGUGUGAUUUACUGAAAGACACCACAAAUGAAGGACAAGUUCAAGUACUUAAGGUAGUAGAAAUAGCUUUAAAGGUUAGCCCCCUUCUGGGUGCCCACAUGUUCCAGCCCCUGCUGCCAGUGGUCUUCAGAGGUAUUGUGGAUGGUGAGAGAUACCCAGUGGUGAUGUCUACCUACCUAGGCAUUAUGGGCAGAGUCUUGCUUCAGAACUCCAGCUUCUUCUCGACUUUGCUUACUCAGAUGGCCUCUGAGUGCAACCAGGAGACAGACCAGUUGUUAGGCUGUGUGAUAGAGAUGUGGGUAGACCGCAUGGAUAACAUCACUCAGCCUGAGAGAAGGAAGCUGUCUUCCCUGGCUCUGCUUUCUCUCCUGCCAUCUGACAACAGUGUGAUCCAGGACAAGUUCUGUGGCAUUAUUAAUAUCUGUGUGGAAGCACUACAUGACAUAUUGACGGAAGAUCCAGACACAGGCACUUUCAAAGACUGCAUGCUGAUGAGUCAUUAUGAGGAGCCAAAGCUAAGUGAUGAUGAGGAGCCACCUACUGAGCAGGACAAGAGAAAGAAACUGUUGGCCCUGGAGGACCCUGUGCACAGUGUUUCUCUCCAGCAGUUUGUCUAUGAAAAACUGAAGGCCCAGCAGGCCCUGUUGGGAGACCAGGGUUUUGGUGUCCUGAUGGAGACCGUCGACACCGAGCUUGUCAGGCAGCUUCAGGAGUUUCUCCAAGGCCUUUGAAUCACAUCCUUCAGUACCUUACAUGGCUAUCUCUGCCGAAUGCUACCCUCCCCUUGUUUUGAAAUAUAUUCUGGAAAGGCUGACAGGCUGCCCGGUGUGAGUACUCGCAAUCCAAACCUUCCCAACCUCUACCCAAUGCUUUGCCUUAUCUGUAUUUAGACCUAGCCUUGUCUACUCAUGCCCCUCAAGCCCUUUUCACUAUUAGUUUUUUUUUUCGGGGGCGGAGGGGGGGGGGGCGCGUUUGGAACACCCUAAUUGGAAUGGAUGGACUAUUGAAGGAGCAGAAGAAGAUUAAAAAGCAAAAAUCAUUUCCUAAAACAGGAGCCUCAGAUUGGUUUUGUUUUGUUUUUGGGGGGGGGGGGGGGGGGGGGUGUUCUUUAUCAGACAUAUGUGGAUUGAAGCUGAAAUGUUGCAAAAUCUAACCUGAAGGACUGAAGCAGUGUUUACAGAACACAUUCUUAAGGGGGGGGGGGGGGGGGGGGUGUAAUUUUGUAUGUAUGUACAUUACGGAUGAAAUACAUUUUACUGUUGCUUUUUUUUUUUUUUUUUUUUUUUUUUUUUUUUUUACAAAAAUCAUAGCAAGGGGUCAUGUUGAAGUAACUACUGAGAGAACUAGAAAGUCUUUUUGUUUAGGUUUUGAGUUCGGUAUGAGGAAAUUUUGUUGACUGUAAAUGGCUGUUGUUGGGGGUUUUUUGGGGCGGGGGGGUGAUCUUUUUUUAUGGAUGAUUUGUAAGAGUGAUGAACUACAUUUAUAUGUAUAUACAUACUGCUGCUAAUUCAUGGUGUAUCAGAGCACUUUAACCAAAAACUGUUUCAUGUGUUUUUGUCGGUACACCUUCUCACAUCACUUUACUACAAAGGGUCGAAUGACUUGGAUUAGAAAAGCAAUAUUAAAUGAAUGAGA